CCCCAAGAGGCCGGGGUGCGCAUCACUCUUUGGAUAGAAGGUCAAAAGGCAGAACCAGAGAGGGUGGAGUCAGAGAAUCCAAACCUAGGGUAAAUAAAGGGAGUGCAUUUCCGGUCCUAGGCCCUGGGACCUAGAGACUCCCGCCUCCCAGAGGCCCCACAACAGAGUGCUGAGUCACGCUGACUGACUGCUGGCGCUCUGCAAAACCUCCCUGUGCUGUGUCCCUGACGCUGCGGAGACUCUACGGCGGGCGGCCGCGGCUUCCCUCCUGGGCCUGUGCUACAGCGGACUCCACACCAAAACGUUUCUUUAUAAACUUCAAAAUGGCAUCCUCUAAGAAGGUUACUCUCUCAGUGCUGAGUCAGGAGCAGUCAGAGGGGGUUGGAGCUCGGGUCCGAAGAAGCAUUGGCAGACCUGAGUUGAAAAAUCUGGAUCCAUUUUUACUGUUUGAUGAGUUUAAAGGAGGAAGGCCGGGAGGGUUUCCUGAUCACCCACACCGAGGUUUUGAAACAGUAUCUUACCUUCUGGAAGGGGGCAGCAUGGCCCAUGAAGACUUCUGCGGGCAUGUUGGUAAAAUGAACCCAGGAGACCUACAGUGGAUGACUGCAGGCCGGGGCAUUCUGCAUGCUGAGAUGCCCUGCUCAGAGGAGCCAGCCCAUGGUUUACAGCUGUGGGUGAAUCUGAGACGCUCAGAAAAGAUGGUGGAGCCUCAGUACCAGGAACUGAAAAGUGAAGAGAUCCCGAAACCCACCAAGGAUGGCGUGACAGUUGCUGUCAUUUCAGGAGAAGCCUUGGGGAUUAAGUCUAAGGUUUACACACGCACACCAACCUUGUAUCUGGACUUCAAGUUGGACCAAGGAGCAAAGCAUUCCCAGCCUAUUCCUAAAGGGUGGACAAGCUUCAUUUACACUGUCUCUGGAGAUGUAUAUAUUGGACCUGAUGGAGCUCAGCAAAAGAUAGAACCCCAUCACACAGCAGUGCUUGGAGAAGGUGACAGUGUCCAGGUGGAAAAUAAGGACCCCCAAAAAAGCCAUUUUGUCUUAAUUGCUGGGGAACCAUUAAGAGAACCAGUUGUCCAACAUGGUCCAUUUGUGAUGAACACCAAUGAAGAAAUUUCUGAGGCCAUUCUUGAUUUCAGAAAUGCAAAAAAUGGUUUUGAGGGGGCCAAAACCUGGAGGUCAAAGAUUGGAAACCUGUAAAGAGCUGAAAUUCUGCCAUUUGGAUGGACUGACCAUUCAAAUUUCCAAAGCUGGUUUAGCUGAUGCUUCUAAAGAAUUUUACAUUAGGCUGGGUGGUGGUAGCUCAUGUCUUUAGUUCUAGCACUUGGGAGGCAGAAACAUGUAGCUCUCUGAGUUUGAAGCC